GUGCACUCGGCCUCAGAUGUGGUGAAGGCGGGAGGAUUGAUAAGAAGUCAUCGAGCAGGGCCUUGCCGAACUUCCCUGGCAAAGACCCCUGCUCGAUCAUAUGAGGAGGUCUUGAAGUGUUGCAGGAAGUAUAUUAAUUUGAAGGAAAUAGAGGUAGAGUUUGCAAAGUUGGAAGGGUCGGCUCGACCAGAGCCAAAGAAGGAGCAAAGUCCACCAAGAGGGAGGUCGCGGAAGAAAAGUUCGCCCAAGAGGAGUGGUUCGAAAAAGAUAUCACCCAGAAGGGCAGGUCGAGAUUCUAAGCAAGAGAAAAGGGACGAUAGGUGGCAGGGAAGGCCAUUGUUGUUCGAGAGACAGAGGUAUCAUAAUUUUACACCCUUGAUGAAAGAUUUGAUAGAGGUACUCGAGGCUAUGGAGCAUAAGUUGUCGACCGAGGAUGUGACGUGGCUGAAGACAAGGUUCACAGGCCCGACUCGACCCAAAUCGGAUAUAUAUUGUCGAUUUCAUCGAGAUUACGGCCAUACCACAGAGAGCUGCAAAAAUUUGAAGGAUGAGAUUGGAAGGUUGAUUCGAGCAGGACAUUUGAAAGAGUUUGUGUAUCAUGAUAGGGCGAAAGAAAAAGGAAAGAGAAGGUGUCGGGAUGAUUUGGAGAAAAAGAGUGAUAGUGAUGAAGAAGGAGAUGACGGAGAGGGCCGAGGUGGUCGAGCAAAAAAGCCGAGAAGAGAUGGAGAUAAAGGAGGCCAGGGAGGAGAAGCCCUGAUAAAGAGAGGGACAAUUUACAUGAUUUCUGGAGGGCCAACGGACGGUGACUCGAACAGGGCCAUGAAGAAGCAUGCUCGAGCUGUGAAGAGGAAAAGAGAGGAGGUGGGGAUUAUGGCUCAUAUGCCGGUGAUAAACGUGAUUUUCUAUGACUGUUUUGUGCAAAUUAAUAAGGAGUUGAAUAUAGAGUUGAAACCGGUGACCACGGCACUUUAUGGUUUUAAUGGAGGAGAGGUGAUGUCGAUGGGAGAGAUAAGCUUGCCGAUGGCAUUGGGAGCAGGAGAGCUGAGGAAGGUACGCAUGGUGAGGUUUGUGGUCGUAGGAGCUGAAUCAUCUUAUAACAUCAUUAUGGGCCGGACGAGCUUAAAUGCGUUCCAGGCGGUCGUAUCCACGUACCACAUGACGAUCAAGUAUCCUGUGGGCGAAAACAUAGGGGAGAUUGCCGGGGAUCAACUCACUUCAAGGAGCUGCUAUCAAACAACGGUGAGUAAUAACAAGCACCUGGCGAAGAGGCAGGCCAAGUCGAAGGGGGAAGAGGUUAAUCGACCAGGUGGGUCGAGGUCAAAAGAGAAUAAACAGAGAAUGGAGAAGG